CGAGACCAAAAAAAAAUGAUCAUCGUAUUAGCACUAACAUCGCUCACGCUGUACCUAGCGUACCGCUGGAGCGUCGCCACCUUCGAUUACUUCGAGCGACGCCGGGUGCCGUUCGUGAAACCGGUCCCACUGUUUGGGACAAUGUGGCCAUUCGUCCGGGGGAACAUGAACACGACGGAUUGCGUGUCGGAAGGGUACCGGCUGUUCCGGGCGAGUAGAUUUUCGGGACAGUUUACGUUCAGGAAGCCGGGCUAUUUGAUUCAUGAUCUGGAGCUGGCGAAGGAGAUCACGGUGAAGGACUUUGAUCACUUUAUUGAUCAUUCGUUUACGUUUUCGCCGGAGCUGGACCCGCUUAUGGGGCGGGCGUUGAUCUUUACGGACGGGAACAGGUGGAAGCGGGGUAGGUCUGGGUUGAGUCCAGCGUUCACUGGGAGCAAGAUGAGGAACAUGUUUGAGCUGAUUACGAAUUAUUCUGAGCGGGCGAUGAAACGGCUAAGGGAGUCGACGAAUGGGGGCAAGAUUGAACGGGAAAUGAGAGAUUUGUUUCAAAGAUUUGGCCACGAUGUUAUCACCUCUAUCUCAUUUGGUGCCGAUGUGGAUUCUAUUGGAGAACCAGAUAACGAGUUGUUCCAAUACUGUAAACGACUGACGGCCACAGACGGGAUUGCGGGAUUCAAGUUCUUUCUUGCGACUUUACUGCCGGAGCAAUUGUUCAUUUGGUUGAACGUUAAACUAGUCCCAACAGAUGUGGCCACAUUCUACGAGUCAAUCGUAUCAAAUACGAUCAAGGAUCGUGAGGAGAAAGGUCUGUUUCGACCUGAUUUCAUACAACUUUUGAUGCAAGCUAGAAAGAAUCUUCUCCAACAAGAUCGCAAUGAUUCCGAACUAAGCAACGUUGGAUUCUCAACCGUGGAGGAGCAUCUACAAACCACCGAUGAAACUCCGAUGAAGUGGACAGAUCUGGACAUCACGGCAACCGCAGCUUCCUUCUUUUUCGGUGGAAUCGAGACAACGGCAACUCUUCUCAGCUUCGCCGUGUACGAGAUCUCACUGAAUCCAGACAUUCAAGACAAACUCCAGCAAGAGAUCGACUCCAUCCAAGCCGACCUUGGAAACAACCUCCUAACCUACGAAUCAGUCCAAUCCAUGAAGUACCUCGACAUGGUGGUCACGGAAACCCUUCGGCUAUGGCCACCACUCGGAGUACUCGACCGGAAGUGCACCAAAAAUUACGUCAUGCAAGACAACAAUGGAACGCAAGUUACCGUCGAGAAAGGAACGGUUCUUCAAAUCCCAGUUCAGUCGAUCCAUCGUGACCCCCAGUACUACUCAGAUCCGAUGAAAUUCGAUCCGGAGCGAUUUUCCGAAGAAAAUCGCCACCAAAUAAACAAAAAUGCAUUUCUGCCGUUCGGGGCAGGUCCGCGAAACUGUAUCGGAUCGAGGCUGGCGCUGAUGCAGAGCAAAUGUUUCCUGUACUAUUUGCUGCGAUAUUUUAGGGUGGAAAUUUCGGACAAAACUGACGUGCCGAUCCAGGUUGACAAGAGGGCACUGCUGUUGAGCGCUAGCAACGGGUUUUGGUUUCAUUUGGUGCCACGGAAUGUGUGAAGUAAACAAACACAUUUUUAUAUAUUA